AAUCACUCAUUGUCUUAAACGCAACCAUGCUUUCUGUUCUCAUCCUGUUAUCUGCGAUUCAAAUUGUUGCGACUUACGAUGUUCCGUCGUCUACUGGGGAACUUGUGGAUCUACAGUCUAACCGAAUCGUUGCCAACAACACAAUAACAGCAGCAGCUUGUCGCGAUGCUGACCUGGCUAGGUUCAUGAACGCUGCCAUGGGUAGAUACAUUCAUGAUAUGGGAGCACUAAGCAAGGACAUUCUAGAUCAGAUCGUCGCGUAUCGCAAACCAGGAGCAUGGUUAGUUCACACGCAAAUCAUUAGCGGGCAACUUCAAGGAAGAGACUGGCAAAGUGUGACAAAUGGAGAAGUUUUUAGUGGCAGAAGCUUAUACAGUUGUUUCUAUCACGAUAUGCAGACUUAUAUUCUAGUAAUUAGAUUGUUUUAAAGAAUUGUUGAUAAAUAUCCUACGCAGUUCUUGGGGCAAAAGUUUGUUUUUGUUAAUAACUGAAUCUGACAAAAUUUUCGGG